UGUACUUAUCCAAAUAUUGCAUACAAUAUAAACAAUAUUGUUCCAUUUCUUUUUUAUCCGGUUAAUUUGAUAAAUAUUCUAUGGCAAGAUUUUUUAGAUCGCCGUAAAGUAAUUAUCGUUUGUCACGUCGAUAUAAACAAGGUGUCGAUAUUAUUAAAGUUAAUGGAGACAAAUUUCUUAAGCUUUUUUGGUAAAGGGUUAUCAAGUGAUUUUGCAAAAGGGUGGGGCGUAACUAAAAUUGACUGACAUUUUCGUUUAUGCAACUGUGUCAUUUCUAUUUUUCUCUAAUUAUCAAUAACAAUCUUAAUUAAUAUAUUUUAUAAAACGUCAUAAAAUAUGUAUAAAUAAUUAGCUGGUUAAAAUUAUAUUUAUGUUCAUUGGAAAAUUAAUUAUGAGCAUAGUUUUUUCUAGUACAGAUGGUUGGAUUAUUUCUCAUUUAGAUUAUCUUAAUAAUGUUUAUCAAAGUGUUAACACAGAAAGUGGAUUGCAUUCUUUAACAUUUAAUAAUAUGUUGUUUGAAAUUAAUUCGCAAUAUUUGAGACAAAAUCAAUUGGCACGUGUCAUGGAAGAUAAUGCAAAUCCUUUACCAAGCAAAACUAGGAAACGUAAACGAAACAAACUUCUUCCACAGGACCAUUUAAACGAAUUAAAUUUUAUCCAACAAGCAUUCAACAAACUAAUAUCAUCUGGCAAAUUAAAUGGAUUAUUCGGUGAUAAUAUUUCAAUUGAUAACAAUGAAGCAGCACGUUCAACGUCGGAGAAAUUUUACUCCGAUACAUUUCAUCAAAGAUUAGAAAAUUUAUAUGGUUGUAAUAAUUCUGAUGUAGCAAUUAUAUGGGAGGCACAAUAUAAGAAAUAUGUAUUUCCUAAAAAAUGCAGCUUUUAUUGUUACGAUGUCAGAAACAUGACGCAGAAAAUGGAGUUGAACAAUCAGUAUGAUUUUGUACUAUUGGAUCCCCCAUGGUGGAACAAGUCUAUAAGAAGAAAAAAGAGCAAAUCUGUAGAAGCUAGUUACCAAAUGAUGUAUAAUGAAGAAUUAGUCAAGAUACCCAUUGGAAAAUUAUUAUGUUCAAAUGGUAUUGUAGCAAUUUGGUGUACCAAUGCUCCCAGUCAUUUGAAUAGUAUUUUUAAUGAAAUAUUUCCUUCCUGGGGUGUUACAUAUAAAGCAAAAUGGUAUUGGGUCAAAGUAACGCAAAUGGGUAAUACAAUUUGUAAUUUUACUUCAACGCCUGGAAAACAACCUUAUGAGUUAAUAAUAUUAGGAUGCGCAUCUGAUAUUAAUGUUAAUAUUCCAGAUGGUAAAUUAAUUAUCAGUGUACCAAGUGCUGUACAUUCGCAUAAACCACCUCUUAUAGAAGUUAUAAAAGAAUAUUUGCCUAGCGAGCCAAAGUGUUUAGAAAUUUUUGCUAGAUAUUUGUUGCCUGGAUGGACAAGUUGGGGUUUAGAGGUGUUAAAAUUUCAAGAUCUUUCUCUGUAUACAAUUCUAGAGCAUGUUAAAAAUAAUAAAGAUGCCACGGAAAGCGUGGCAGUAGUUGUGAAGUAGUA